AUGGCAAUCUCCUCUGCUCUUCCCUGCUCCCUCCUCAUGGCGGCCCUGAUGCUCCUCGCCUCCGUCGUCGAAGUGCAAGGCAUCACGAGGCACUACGACUUCAAUGUGACAAUGGCGAACGUGACACGGCUGUGCGCCAGCAAGAGCAUCAUCACGGUGAACGGGCAGUUCCCCGGCCCCAAGAUCGUCGCGAGGGAAGGAGACCGUCUCGUCAUCCGCGUGACCAACCACGCCCAGCACAACAUCUCGCUGCACUGGCACGGCAUCCGGCAGCUGCGCACGGGGUGGGCGGACGGGCCGGCGUACAUCACGCAGUGCCCGAUCCAGACGGGGCAGAGCUACGUGUACAACUACACCAUCGUCGGGCAGCGCGGCACGCUGUGGUGGCACGCGCACAUCUCCUGGCUGCGCGCCACCGUCUACGGGCCCCUCGUCAUCCUGCCCAAGCUCGGCGUCCCCUACCCGUUCCCGGCGCCGUACAAGGAGGUCCCCGUCAUCUUCGACACGUUCAAGCUGAAGGUGAAGCCAGGGAAGACGUACAUGCUCCGCCUCAUCAACGCGGCGCUCAACGACGAGCUCUUCUUCUCCAUCGCCAACCACUCGCUCACCGUCGUCGAGGUCGACGCCGUCUACGUCAAGCCCUUCACCGUCGACACCCUGCUCAUCGCCCCGGGCCAGACCACCAACGUGCUCCUCGCCGCCAAGCCGUUCUACCCGGGCGCCAACUACUACAUGUCCGCCAGGACCUACUCCACCGGUAGGCCGGCCACCUUCGACAACACCACCGUCGCCGGCAUCCUCGAGUACGAGUACCCCGACGCGCCCUCCUCCGCGGCGAGCUUCAACAAGGCCCUGCCGCUCUACAGGCCAGCGCUGCCGCAGCUGAACGACACCAGCUUCGUCGGCAACUUCACGGCCAAGCUCCGCAGCCUCGCCACGCCGCAGUACCCGGCGGCGGUGCCGCAGACGGUGGACAAGCGGUUCUUCUUCACGGUGGGGCUGGGCACGCACCCGUGCCCCGCCAACACCACGUGCCAGGGCCCCACCAACACGACGCAGUUCGCGGCGUCCGUCAACAACGUCUCCUUCGUGCUCCCCACCAAGGCGCUGCUGCACUCGCACUUCACCGGCCUGUCCAGCGGCGUCUACGAGUCGGACUUCCCCGUCGCGCCGCUCACGCCGUUCAACUACACGGGGACGCCGCCCAACAACACCAACGUGGCCAACGGGACCAAGCUCAUGGUCAUCCCGUACGGCACCAACGUGGAGCUGGUGAUGCAGGGCACCAGCAUCCUGGGCAUCGAGAGCCACCCUCUGCACCUGCACGGCUUCAACUUCUUCGUCGUCGGCCAAGGGUACGGCAACUAUGACCCGGUGAACGACCCGGCUAAGUUCAACCUCGUCGACCCCGUCGAGCGCAACACCGUCGGCGUGCCGGCCGGUGGCUGGGUGGCCAUCCGCUUCCUUGCCGACAACCCCGGGGUAUGGUUCAUGCAUUGCCAUUUGGAGGUCCACACGACAUGGGGCCUCAGGAUGGCGUGGUUGGUGCACGACGGCAGCCUCCCGCACCAGAAGCUGCUCCCGCCGCCGUCCGAUCUUCCUAAAUGCUGA